AUGGGUGUUCUCACCACUCUCCGUGAUGAGCGGCUCGUCUUUGUCGGCCUUGGCCUGGCCACGGUCGGUUUUCUAGGCGUGGUCCGUCUCAUAUUGACACACUUCCGCGAUGAAGUUGAGAUUCGACCCAAGUCACCCAAGACGCAGUAUAUUACACAAGCAACAGAAGAUGCUCUGAAGCUUGACACAAUCAGCAGCCUUAUUGAUCAUUACAAUCCGACGGUCCGGGACACUGCCACCAAGAUCAUUCUCGGAAGAGCUGCCAAUGACGUCGAGACCAUCCGCCACCUUUUAAGAGGCAUUACGCAGAAAGACUACAACGAGAGAGAAAAGUACUUGCGGGCCUUGACCCUUGCCGUGGAAGAUAAGGACAUCACUCAGGAUCACCUCAAAGCUCUCAACACUCCCGAAGCAUAUCAAGCCAUCAUCAAGUCUCUGGAGCAAAGCGCAAACGACAGGGAGCGCAACGAUAUCAAUGACCCCCUUUGGGAUGAGUAUCACCUCCGCGACGUUAACGAGCGCCGCUGCCUCGCACUUCUGCAGCAGUUACUCAGCAGAUAUACCCGCAGUGCUAAGUUCCUGGUUGAGGCUAGAUUUGUCGAGAAGUGGCUUGUGAAGCAGGGCUGGGGUGAAACCGAGGAGGAAUAUCAUACCAACUUCACGCUUUAUGUACGGCGCCGAAAGAAUCGACUCAGCGAUAUCUGCAUGCAGCUACUAAGAUCGAAAGAUGGUCGCAAGGCUCUGAGGGAGAGUAAGCUGUUGCAAAAGGGCAAGAGUCGAGGCAGCCCUCUCAACGAUGCCGACAACGGAGGCGUUAAGGUCAUUCUGGAGUUCAACGUGCAAAACGAAGACGAGAAUGGACAAAUCUGGCAGGAGAACUACCAGGCCGAGCUCAUCCCCCGGGUUAUGUCACAAACCGACGAAGAACAGCGUCGACGAAGGCGACAUCGUGAAGCAAUUGUCUUGAAUGACGGCACGCACUCAUUGGGAAGAGCAGAUAUAAUUGAACGUGAGCACGAUACUGGUGCUUGA